AUGACUAAGGAUAAAGCUGAGUUGGAGGGGAGGUUAUCGGCUAUGAGAGCCAGGAGGAGUAGUAGGGACGCGAGCGAUAUCUGGUCGACGACAGCGGAAUGUAUAAGGGAGGCAGAGAAAGAGGUGUUGAGGGUCUCGAUGGAUUACUCUGGCAGGCACAAAGGUGACUGGUGGUGGAAUAAAGUGGUCCAAGGUAAUAUGGAAGAAGGUGGCGUAACUAAAGUUAGUAGGGAGCACAAGCGAGGAGGAGAGGAGAGCGAACAAAGAGAGGAAUUGGAGGAGAAAGGCGGGGAGAAGAAGUUAUUUCAGCUAUCCAAGGCGAGAGAGAGGAAGGCUCAAAAUCUGGACCAAGUGAGGUGCAUCAAAGACGAGGACGGUAGAGAAUUGAUGGGAGAGGCCCAGAUUAAGCGGAGAUGGCAGACUACUUUCAUAAACUUCUGA